AUGGAUAUGUGCCAUAGGCUUCCAAAUUUAGAAGCCUUUUAUCUUCCGGAUAGUCCAAUUCGGGGUCAUAUUCUAGCAAGCUUGUGCCUUUGCAGAAAUCUCAAACAACUGGGACUUGGUAAAAUUGGAUUUGCAGGAACCAUACCGAAAUUCCUCAGUAAUCUUUCUCUCUUGGAAAUACUUGAUUUGCAAGAAAAUAAUCAGUCAGGUGAGAUUUCAUCAGAGUUAGGCAAGCUUUCUAAUUUAAGAAUGCUAAACCUUCAGUAUAAUAAGCUUUCUGGUAGAUUACCUCCAACCUUUUGCAGCCUCAAUUCUUCUAUUGAAAGAAUUUAUGUUUCUAAGAAUCUGCUAAGGGGACAUAUUUCAGACUUGUGCCUUUGUAAAAAACUCAGAGAAGUGAUCACUGGUUUUCAACUUCCUAUGCUUAGAGAAGUAUAUUUGAGUCUUAAUCGGUUAAGUGGUAGAAUUCCAGAUUCUAUCUCCAAUGCUUCAAUGCUCAUAAUCUUGGAAUUAGCGACCAAUUUCUUUAGUGGACCGGUGCUGAUGACAUUUGGCGGUCUUCAGUAUCUAAAAAUUCUAAAUUUGCAAGAAAAUGAACUGACCAACGGUCCAUCCCCAAAGAGAGCUUCACUUCCUCACUUCUUUGACACAGUGUCGCCGGCUGCAAGCUCUGGGCAUUGGAUUGGAAAGUUGGUGAACCUGGUGAUUUUGGAUCUAUCCAAGAAUCAAUUAUCAGCAACUACUCCAGAAACGGUAUCCAAUCUGAAGAUGUUAGAGCAAUUGGACUUGUCAAACAAUGCAUUCCAAGGCAACAUUCCUGCCAGUAUUGGCGACUUAGGUAGCCUGAAAUCCUUAGGUCUUUCAUCUAACAAUUUAUCUGGCAUCAUACCCAAGUCUAUGGAGAAGCUUCGCUAUCUCAACUUCUAG